AGGUGGCGGCCGGGACCCCGGCGACCCACCAGUCUGGUCCAGCCUCGCCCGUGUGUGCACGUCUCGCCCCGCCCUCCAUCCAAGUAUUUGCCCACCACCACCACAAUGCCAGAAUACAAACUGAUCUACUUCAACGCCGCGGGCCGCGCUGAGCUGAUCCGUUGGAUCUUCGCGUACAGUGGCAUCCCCUACACUGAUGAACGCAUCGAGAAGGCAGACUGGCCGUCCCGUAAACCCAGCAUUCCGGGGGGCAAGGUGCCGGUGUUGAUGGUGGACGGGAAGCCUCUACCGCAGUCCCUGGCCAUCGCCCGCUACGUGGCCAAGCAGGCGGACCUCGUCCCACAAGACCACCUCGAAGCUGCCUACUGCGACGCCCUUGCAGAUACUUUUUCUGAAAUGAUGACAUCAGCAAACAAGGAAUUGUUCGCUCCAGGAAACGAGGAUGAGAAGAAAAAGAAGUACGAUGAGGAGCUGUACCCCAACGUUAUCGCUCCAUUCCUGACCCGCCUCAGCCAGCGACUAGCCACCAGGGAGUGGUUCGCCUCAGACAAGAUAACGUGGGCUGACCUGUUUAUUGGCCUGAUGAUCGGUGAACUGAGGGAGAAGAAGCCGGAGGUGCUGAAGGAGUUCCCCGUCGUGGAGGGACACGUUAACAAGGUCCUGCAGCUUCCCAAGAUCAAGCAGUGGCUUGAUAGCCGACCCAAGACUUCAUCCUAGAGAGCAUGCAAUCUUCAUUGCUAUAUUAUUGUUAUUCUUGUUUAACAUUUAGCAUUUUACAGCUCUCUCGACUUUUAUUUUUAAUCGAGGCAUACAAACUAUUGUAACUUGAUCCAAUAGUCAACUAUUUUUCAAUGACUAAGAAAUAUAUCAAACUUUUGUGGUGCCUACUUGCACUUUUGUAAAUCUUUAUAAAAAUUUUCCUUUUACUAUUAUUAUUUUUUGUUUAUCGUGAUGCAAACUUCUAACUUCAUCGCAAACAAAAUAAUAUAUUUUUAACUUUGUAUCUAAGAUGUAUUACCUCAAACUGCAGAAAAUUAUCAGUAGGAAUAAAUAUUUAUAUACAGUAUUGUACUGAAGCCCCAAAGUCAUAAUA